AUGGUCGGCUUGGGACUGGAGGAUGGGCGCAUUGAUGGGAGCAAGGUGAUGCAAGAUGAACAAGCCCGCCGCGAGGCAAUGAGACGUGUUAAAGAAGCAGACAAAGAGCUAUUUAAUGAAAUCCUGAACCGUUAUCCCCCGAGACAGAAGCGACUGCUGGAAAAGUUUGUAGCGGGCGAUACCGAAGAAUCUCAAAUUGAUCACUUCAAUGAGCCUGCAAAAGACGCAGACAAAGAAAAAUUACCUGGCGCUAUAGAGAACCUCAUUCCGAUUGAUCUGGAGAUCUUCAAUGAUAAGGAGAAAAAAGAUCGAGUUGAGGUAUUUUACAACUGGGGCCAGAAUAUCCUCAAUGGCCCGUUGUAUACUUGUAUUCCCAAGACAGUCGUUGGAGUACAAGCCAUUGUCGGCCUUGCAAAGAGCCUCAAAUGCGGUCUUCGUGUCUCUGGGUACCGGCAUUCAUGGUCAUCAAUUUUUGGCCGUGACAAGAGUGAGGAUAAGCCGUUCAUUCUGAUCUCACUCCUUAGAUUGGAUAGAGCAAUUCUGGGAGCCCAAGCAAAUCAAGAGGCUCUAGGACACUGGAAAGACUAUAAGAUUGAGCUAAACAAGAUUGAGGUGCUUCAGUCGACCACACAUAUCUCUUCCAACCAAGCUCUUGUUCGCAUAGGCUGUUCUGCUACCAAUGAGGACCUGCGAAGGUGGUGUCUAGAGAACAAGCUCCUAACCUUGCCGUUGAAUGUGAUCAUGGUUGCGAUUACUCUUGGGGGAAGCAAUGCUCCCAUUUGCCAUGGCGCUGGCAUUAAGCAAAAAACACUCAGUGAUCUUGUUUAUGCUGUGGAAUAUGUUGAUGUGAACGGCAAGUGUCAGAAAAUAACACAGGAUCAAAAGGAGUUUCUUUCUGUUGCUAGUGGAUGCUUUGGGCUGCUAGGGGUUGUCACUCACCUUACGCUUGUUUUGGAUAAGAUGAGCUAUGCUGCCAUGAAACCCUUGAAACUGCCUGUUAUCGAAGCUAUCCCACCCCCAGAAGAUAUGGUGAAAGAUUUGCCGAAGGCGCUGAAAGAGAAAUAUGACAAAUACAAGCCAGACCAAAUUAAGACAUUCGUGAAAAAUUUCGAGGACCGUGCGAUGAAGGAAUAUUACGCCGAGUGGUUCUGGUUUCCACUCCAUGACAAAAUCUGGAUCAACACAUGGUCUCAGAUAAAAGACCCGGUUUCCGUUAAGGAUUAUCCUGAUGAGAAUGAGAUAAAGAAACAAGUGAAAGAAACAUUUUCGCUUGAGUUGUUACAAGAAUUCUUUCGGGGGGACAGGAAGAUGUCAGCCGAGGAUGCAACAAAGUUGAUCUCUACGAUGGGCAUGGAUGCAUUGCCCACUGACAUCACGAUUGAAACCUGGCUUCCAAACGCUCUUCAUUUUCGACGUGGUAUCCAGAACAUUCGGGUUCGAGAUAUCGAAGUUGAAAUACCCCUUCCCGAGUUGGGAACGGGCUCGAAUGUCCCCGACUUUGCCAUUGUCCGAAAGGCCUGGUGGCAGGCAAUUCUUCUGACAUACAAGGAAAUCAAAACAUGCCCGUUGCGGAUGCCCCUUGAAAUGCGCAUCAUGGGAAGCAGUGACGUUUUAAUGGCACCACAGCGCGGGAAUAAGUUAGGAACUUGUGCUAUAGAGGUUUUGACUCCGCGAUUCAUGGAAGCCGAAUGGCACGGCUUUGCGCAGGAAAUGAUUGACAAAUGGAUGACACUCAGGGACUGGAAAGGCAAAAAGCUUAACAUUCGUCCCCAUUUUGCGAAGGAAUGGGAAGCAUUCCAAGUUGACGGUCAGCCAUGGCCAAAGUAUCUGAAAGAGAAGAGCUGCCACGAAGAAACUGCUAAGUUCAUUUCAAUCUUCAAACAAAUUGCUACGAAACAGGGAUGGUCAGUUAAUGACGCUCAGCACAUGUUCUCUAAUCGGUUACUUGAUACAUUAUUCUUCGAUAUUACGCAUCAUUAA